UGAAUGGUAAAAGAAAUGUUCAUUUUUCACCACCAAAUGCUUCCUACAUUGGUGUAACAUCUCAUUUCAAGUGCUCUCUUUCCGGAAGACAAAGUCCUAUGCUAAUACUAAUCUUAAUUUACUCAUUCAAUUAAUCACCCCAAAUUCCAUGGCAAACAAAAUCAGAUCUACAGAACAGAACCAUUCCACUGCCACGUGUCACACAACCCACGAAUCACAUUUCCACGUGGCACUAAUUUUAGUGGCCAUAACUAGUAUAUAUACGUGACUUCAAAUGCUAUACUCUCACCAAGAAAGUGUAAAAGAAAACACAUCAAAAAAAAAAGUAACCAAACACAUCCAUCUUUUGUCUCAAUUUUACCACAAAUUUCAAUCAAUAUGUCGAGCAUGCAGGAAACCCAAGCCAAGGCUGAGGCUAAGACCGAGGAGUUGUCACAAUGCGCUAAGGACUCAGCAACCGAAGCAAAGGACAGGACCGCUGAUGCUGCUCAUUCAGCAACUGACUCUGUCCAGCAUGGAAAGGACCAAAGCGCGGGAUUCCUCCAACAGACUGGAGAACAAAUGAAGAGCAUGACUCAGGGUGCUGUGGACACUGUCAAGAGCACACUUGGAGUGGGUGACAAGAAGUGAAAAAUACCUAAAGCUUCUACUACCAUGACUACUACUACUACUUCAUGGGAUUAUUCAUUAUUGAGCUAAUUUUACUUAGCAUUAUUACUAUUAUAUUAUUAAUUGGUUAAUCCUUUUCCCUUUUUUGCCAUUAGCAAAUGAGCCUGCUCAAUUUUGCUUUUUCUUUAUUUGUAAUAAAUGUCUUGAGUUACUCUUUUUGAGAAAUUAUAUAAUAAAAUUUCCAGCAAGUAAUUCAAAUAA